AUUCGAUUCACCUCACCUGUGGACCAAGUUCAAACGGCUCGUGGACUCUCAGGUCACUGGAUAAAGGCAGGCCGAUCGGCAACCUACCUUGGAGCCAUGAGCCGUCAACUUUGGCGCCGCCAGCCUGACACAGAGGUAUUUCUAUAUGCGACACUCUAUGACUCGCAAUCCAUUGCGCAGAUGACCGGAACCGGCGGCAAUCUCAUACUCCCUCGCCGUGUUGAACACCUUAACACGAAAAAGCAUCCGCAAUGCUCAAAAAGCCCGAACCCAACCACAUUCUCAACAAGGCCUCGUGGAUUGCUAUGUCACAGUCGUGCCAAGACCCGUUCUGGCAUGAUUACUCGGGCACGUCGGACGAGAGACAGCUAUCUCCCUUGCUAUUGAUCUGGCGCUUAGCUGAGCAAAGUAGGAUCCUCACUUAUACCCGUGUCAAUUGGAAGAAGAGCAACAGUAUAGCACGCGUUCGGACUUUGGCAAGGCGUUAAUCGACUUCCCCCAUCAUAGCUCCGCGGCAACGUUUCGAUGGGUGCCGAUCGCGUCUACUCCACCUACAAGCCGCAUGAUUGUCGGUUUCGCAUUGGUUGCUUGAGCUUGACAAGGUGUGCGGGGAUGAAGUCGUCUCACUCCAUCAGCCGAGGAAAGUAUUUCUUUGAGGUAUAUUGCUACGACUCGUCUCACCCUCAACAUCUCAAAUUCUGAGAGUCAUCAAGAACAGCACUGGAAGCAUCACGCCCUACGGCAUUGUCAUAGUGAAAGACAUCAUCUAAUCGAUUCAACUUCACCGAUCGCAAUGUCUUACCAGACAAAUCUCUUCAUCAACAACGAGUAUAUCCCGUCAUCGUCCGGAGAGACCCUCACAAUCAACAGCCCUAACGAUGACACGGUUGUUACGGACAAGGUCCAAGUAGCCUCAGAAGCCGAUGUCGACCGCGCUGUUGCCGCUGCAAAGGCCGCUUUCCCAAGCUGGUCGUCGACGCCCGGCGCGCAGCGGGCAAAGCUAAUGCUCAAGUUCGCCGAUCUUCUAGAGGCCAAUGCUGAAAAGUUGGGCAAACUCGAAAGUGUAUGCAUGGGCCAACCUAUCACUCUCGCCAAGGGCUUUGUAGCUGGAGCAUGUGCCACAUGGCGUUACUAUGCUGGCCUUGCCGGCAAGAUUGCUGGCGAGAGCUAUCCCCCUGAGGGAGACGGUUCGUAUAAGAUCGUCGCUUAUGAACCUCUUGGCGUCUGCGCUGGUAUCUCUGCAUGGAAUGGUACUCAUGUUCUGGCCGCAUGGAAGAUGGCUCCUGCUCUUGCAGCCGGAAACACCUUCGUAUUCAAAUCUUCGGAGAAGUCACCUCUUGGAGCCGCAGCGUACGGCGAGUUGAUCAAGGAGGCUGGAAUUCCUCCAGGUGUGAUCAACAUUCUCACUGGUGCUGCUCCGAUAGGGGCAAUGCUGGCAUCACACAUGGAAAUCGCAAAGAUCGCUUUCACCGGGUCGGCUGCUGGAGGCCGCGCCGUCCAGAUUGCGGCCGCCAAGUCCAACAUGAAGCACGUCUCGCUUGAGUUGGGUGGAAAGAGUCCGGCUCUCAUCUUCGACGACGCCGACCUAGACAAUGCCCUCCUACAUAAUGCCACCAGCUUCCUUCGAAAUUCUGGCCAAGUUUGCUUUGCGUCCUCGAGAGUCUUGGUGCAGGAGGGCAUAGCUCCAAAGUUCAUUGAAGGCAUCAAGAAGGCUUUUGAAGACGCCGCAAAGAAGAUGGGUGAUCCGUCUCUGGCGGACACUGCGUUUGGCCCAUUGGCAGACAAGAAGCAAUUCGACAGGGUCAUGGGCUUCUUAACGGACGGUAAGAAGGAGGGAAUUCAGGUCUUGACAGGUGGGGGAAGAAUAGGCGACAAAGGCACAUUUGUUCAGCCAACUGUCCUUCUCAAUCCCGACGUUAAGAGUCGCGUCUUCACUGAUGAAAUUUUCGGGCCCGUCAUCGCGGUCAGAACGUUCAAGACGGAGGAGGAAGCCAUCACGCUGGCCAAUGACACCACUUACGGUCUUGGAUGUAACUUCUUUCUCGAACAUUGAAAAUGGGUUCGCAACUGACCUUAGCAGCUUCCGUCUUCACGUCCGAUAUUCCUCGAGCGCUGCGUGUGGCAUCGAAGAUCGAGGCAGGGAACGUUGGGAUUAAUCAGGCAUACAAAACUUCUCCUCAGACACCUUUCGGCGGCGUCAAGCAAAGCGGUUAUGGUCGUGAAGGUGGAUAUGAGGGCUUGAAAGGCUAUGUGCAUGCAAAGACGAUCACCAUCAACAUGGAGGUAGCCAAGAAGUAGAACAGCAUUCGAGACGGUAAAAAUGAAUUAGGAGAACCCCAUUUUUGAAGCAAGCUUGGAU